AGACGUUCUCCUUUCCGAAACAAAGCGUCAGCGAACACCGAGGCGGAAACGCAACGGGAUCGCACGGUACAACCACAUCGGUAGGCACCAAAAGGGGAGCGCCCGUUUGAAUUUCGAACGCCGCCGGCCGCUCCCCCAUCCUCCCCUCUUCCCUCCUCUCCGCAGCUCGCUCGACUCACGCAGCCAAACACCGAGGCGAAGCCGAAACGCGCGGCGGCGUUGGGAGAGAGAGAGAAAGAGAGAGAGAGAGAGAGAUGAAGAAGGCGGCCGCGGCCUCGCGCUACGCGUCCUACGACUCCCCGUCCCCCUCGCCGCGCCGGGCUGGUCCCCCCGCAGCCGCCGCGGCGACCCCGGGAACGCACGGAAGCAGCCGCGCGCUGGUGGUCGCGGCGAGAUCCGGCCGCGACCUGCUCGGCGCCAGGCCGCAGCCGCAGCCCCACCACCAUGGCAACCUGGGCUCCGUGCUCCGGCGGCUAAUCUCCAUGGACAAGAAGCCGCCCGCCAAGAACCACCUCCAGGUCCCUCCCGCGACCACCGUCGCCGCAGCGAAGAACAACGGCGGCGGCGGGAAGCUGCCAGGGCUGUCGCGGAAGCUGCUGUUCCAGAAGGGCUCGUCGGAGGGCGGAAACAAGAAGAAGGCGGCGGCCCUGACGGACGUCAAGAACGGCUGCAACAAUGCCAACACGCGGACGCUCGCCAUGGUGCUACGCAGCGAGCGGGAGCUCCUGGCACAGAGCAAGGCGCAGGAGGACGAGAUCGCCGCGCUCCGCCUCCAGUUGGAGAACAAGGACCGGGAAGUGGAGCGGCUCAGGGACCUCUGCCUGCAGCAGCGGGAGGAGAUCAGGGCUCUCAAGGAUGCCGUGCUGUUCCCUGACGCCGAGAAGGAGCCGGAGCCGGACCGCCGCCUCCGGGACGAGAUCUCCACGCUCACCGGCCAGAUCCAGUGCCUCGCGCAGGAGCUCUCCCAGGUUAAGGCCGAGAAGCACACGGCCAGGUCGUGCUUUGAUGAUGGGUACUGCUCAUCCCCGAGGACGCCGGGGUUUAACGAGGAGAUCGCCUUCUCUCUGGAGUGUAGCAUUGGGGAAGCUGAGACGCCAAACUACGGUAGCCCAGAUGAAAUGUUCAGCAAGGAUCUUAAUCCUUGCCUGACCCCGUGCAUUGCCAAGAGCAAAUCUGAUGUAUCCGCACAAUUCCAUUCUUCUUCCCACUCCACAAAGGAGUACCAGGAAUCCAUUGGUUCUCAUCGCAACAGCAGCAGCAAGGCAAGACCAAUGUCGAAGAGCUCUGAUCAUCACAAGCCUACCUCAGGCACCAACAGCAAGCGACGAGUAUACAAAUCCAACCAAGACAAGAUCUAUCAAAACCUGUUUUGAGUUCAUCACCGCAUCAUAAACUUCCCCUGAAGGCAGCCUCUAGCCUCUGCUAUGUGAAAUAUCUAUAAGCAUGUGGACUUAUAUGGUCCAUUGACACAGGUUUCAAGUUGUGUAAUAACAAUGCCCAUGAUCUAGCAGCUAAUGCGAUCCUGGUUUGUGCUUUCUCGUGUUAUGUUCAUGCCUGCUCAACUAUUCGCAAUGUAAGUUAGGCUGUGCUGUGUCAUGGACCAUGGUUAGAUGAAUGGGCAACGUCGGUUUUCUCUUUUGAUGAUGGGCAAAAUCGUUUUUAGUCGCAAUCUGUGGCAUAUGGGGCCGUAUGGCAAUGCAGUGGCCUAUGCAUU